UUUUAGCUAGAGAGGCAUACAAACCUGUUAUUCAAGCAAACUGACUCACUAGUGUUUCAGCGAUUCUUGCACGGUAGUAGUGCACAUUUAUUUUUGUAUCUCCAGUGUGCAAAACGUUCUUUUGCACUCAUUUAUAUUCUUUAAAAAAGUAUCAUAUAAUCGGACUUGAUGGAUUUUCUGUGGCUGAUGUGUUUAACGGUGAGCAUCAGCGCCUGGUACGCAUCCGCAGAGCGACACAGCGUGUACUGGAACAGCUCAAACUCCAAUUUUCUAUGGGACGACUAUACUGUGGAGGUCCACAUUAAUGACUACCUAGACAUCAUCUGCCCUCACUACUCGCGUGGUAAGGUCCCAUCCCAGGAGGCAGAGCGGUACGUGCUCUACAUGGUGGAGCUGGAGGAUUACGAGGCCUGUAAGCCACAGUCCUUCGACCAGCUACGCUGGGAGUGCUCCAGACCCUUUGCUCCUCAUGCCCCAGAGAAGUUCUCAGAGAAGUUCCAGCGCUUCACUCCCUUUACUCUGGGCAAGGAGUUCCGCCAGGGGGAAAGUUACUACUAUAUUUCCAAGCCUCUUCACCAUCAUGGGCAGGAGUGUUUGAGACUGAAGGUGGAUGUAGUUGGACCUCAUGGUUCCAAGAACAAGAAGACAAUGGAGAAGGAAGAGUAUAUUGAAGGAAAGAUGGCUGCAGGAGGCGUUCACAACCCAUCCAACAGGCUUCCAGCAGAUGACCCUAUUGCAAUAAUCCCAGUUGUGCAGAGGAGUGUGGGCAGUUCAGGUGUUCAUGUGUAUCCAGUCUCCAGCUUUGUCACGUUGGUCUCUGUAUUCAUCCUUCAGCUCCUCCACUGAGCAUGAUAAAGGGACUCUCUCGACUUUGGUCCAUUAGGACACAACAGACUUUUAAGCUAGUGCUGGUUACUGGCUCUGAAAAUAGAUUUUAUACAAAGUAUUUUUAUACAAACUAAAAUGACUGAAGUUUUUGUGCUGGUGUGCAAGUUACUGAGUGAUGUGUUUGUAUUUGUGUUUGUUAGAGUGAUGUUGUGACCAGAGAAAAGUUAAGAACCUUCUCCCUCAUUCUGCUUAAUAUUUUUAUUUAAUUGUUUUUUUUUUAUUUUUAUAUAUAUAUAUAUAUAUAUAUAUAUAUAUAUGAGUAUUUACUGUUCUGUUAUUCUUUCCCUCUUUUUACUUUUGUAGAGUGUGUGUAUUCAUUGUUCCUGAAAAUUCUUCACAAAUGUACUUGGCAAUCUUAAGAUAUAGAACAAACCAUUAAGACUUGAGGACCCUGACCUUGCACCUUAUAAAGAACUGAUGUUCGUACAUGGAACAAUGUUUUUAAAUCUAGAACAGUUAUCGAGGAUUGGUGUUUACUUGUGUUAUUGAUCUGGUGUUGCUGUUGUUGCAGUUGGUUUCUGUGAUGUAAUGUGAACACACCCUACAAAAUGUACUGGCACUAAUUCAGAAAGCCACUAAUCAUACGCAAAUGGAUAGGUGAAAUAUUUUUCUUUCUUUAAUAACACAUUUGGUUUUAAACAGCUAUUUUCAGUUGUUGUGCGUGCGUGCGAGAGAGAGAGAGAGAGAAUCUGGCCUUCUCUAAUUCUGAGAGAGAGCACAACUGUACACAUAGAAAUAAUUCAAAGCAUUUUCUCAAAUAAUUUAAAAGAAUUACUGCUUUUGUAAAAACUUGUUUUGUACUGUAUUGGUUUAUAAACUUUUGUAAAUAGCUGUGUAAAAAUGUACAUAUUGAAAGUUAUAUAAAGACUUUUGUUAAUUAUGAAAA